AUGUGGUAUAGCGAAACAGUAGAGCUAUUGAUCGUAAUUGGAAUAGGAGUAUUUGAAAUAAUUCUGCUAAUGUGUCUCAUCUAUUAUGUAAGGAAAAUUCAUAAGAAGAAAAAUUAUUACCCUAUCUAUUAAUUGUCUCCUAUUACAACCAUUUUAUAAGGAAUAUCAUUUUAUAUUUUCUAACUAACGAUAGUGAUCAACUUUUACUAUAUUAAAACUUAUGGUGAAAUUACCUGGGAGGUUUGUAUUGAUCAAAAUAUAAAUGAGGAUUCUAAUGAUGAUGAAGGAUAUUCAAUCUAUAAAGAAGUCCCUUAUUAUGUAUUAACUAUUGUUUAUCUAUAUUCAAGAGGCUGUUGUUUCACAUUCACACUUAUGAAGUCAUUAAGAAUUUUGAUAGCGUUCUCGAAAUAAAGGUUAUAAAAAAAUAAUAAAAUAGUAAAAAUCUAUAUGGGGGAAGCUCAUAUAAUAAAAAUUGCAUUAUUUUAUGGGAUGAUGUUUCCCGUAUUCACAAUUAUUACAAACUUAUUCUUUUAUAAUUUUGAAUUUUAUUGUUGCUUGUCGGUCUAUGAAAAUAAUACUCGAUUAGUAUUUGCAAAUAGUUUUCUAGAAGAGCUAUCAACUCUAUAUUUGAUGACAAAAAUAAAGUUUAAUAAUUAUUUAGAUAAUUUAAUAAACUUGACAAUAAAGUUAUAAUUUUACUACAUCUGUUGGUUUGCGUUUAACUCUCUCAUAUUUAAACUAAUCCCUUUUGGUCCAACUAUUGUCGGAAUUUCAUGCUGGUUCAGAUGCUUUUAUAUGUUUUACAAUUUUACAUGCGUCCCUUUGAAUGGAAGGUAAAAAAAUCCAAACCUGUAUAUUACCUAUAAUUAAGUGAUGGACUUUCGCCUUAUAACGUCGAAGGUUUUCAAUAAUUAUUACUAAAACAAUUAUAGUAUAAUUGCCUUUGAAAAUUUCCUAAAAAAAUUGAAUAGGAUUCCCAUAACAUAAACAGAAAUAGAAUUUAUAGCCUAAAGUAAUAAUUUUUCAGAAGCAGAAUUGUUUGAUAAAUAUAAAAAGGUUGUCGAACUCUCAUCAGCUUGGCAGGAUUAUCAGAAAUUAACUGAUGAAAUAUUUAAAAUAUUAAAUUUAUUGCCUACAUAACAAAAUCCAUAUCCUACUAUUGAUAUUCUCUAAAACGAUUUAUAUAAUCAUUUUGAAUAAAUAUACAAAGUGUAUUUCCAACAAACAGUUGCAUUUUAAGCAAUCAAGGAAUUAACUUAUCAUAAUUAAAUUAUCUAAGAAAAUUUCAAGGUAUUAAGAAUGCCUCUAAAUGAAUGGAAUUACUUUUGA